CUUCGCGAAAAAAACGAUUUUUCACACCAUCAGCACCGGAGCGCGAGUAUGAAAGCGUGAGUGACGUCAUCUCAUAGUUACCAUAUAAAGCCUCCCUGCAUGGGAACGGGAGCUUCCUAGGCCUGGUGGGUCUAUCGCAAGACGUGGUGGUGGGAACUCGAAGAAAAUAACCAUAGGCGCAGCGAUGCUUUUCUCCCUUGAAAUUGCCGAUAUCAUCCUGGACGAGUGAAAGGCAUCCUGAUACCUUGGAUUUCAGUUUAGAAAAGAACUUUUUUUUAUUAAUGGAGAAGCCACAUGGGUGCGAAUAAGCCUUCUACAUGAAUUAAUCUUUAGAGAAUGCGAUUGGAUUUUUGGCAUUUUUUCCAGUGGGAUGGCAGGAGUGACCUUGUGUGAACCAACAGAACUGUAUAAUUUGUUGAAUCAGUCCACAAAGAUCUCUAGAUUAGCAGAGCCAAACUAUCUCUGUUUACUGGAUGCUCGUACCAAGAGGGAAUAUAAUGAAAGCCACUUAAUGACAGCAAUACGAGUCAAAACAAAUCCAUUGGGCAAAUACUUGGUGCCUCAAUCCAUCAAUCUGGAAUGUGUCCGAUAUUGUGUAGUAUAUGAUGGCAAAACGGAGUCUGUGGAUGCGGCUUUUAACAUGGAUUAUGAUCUACUUGAAGUGGAUACAGAACUAACACCAUUUGACACAGGAAUUGACAUAAGGGAAUUAAGAAAGAAACCAUCCUCUGAAUAUAAUGCUAAAGAAGGCUCUGCAGCUCGCUGUGCAAGAAUUAUGCAGCGCCUUACCCGCUUUCCAGUCAUGAUCUUAAGAGGCGGCUACGAACUCUUUACAGCCUCCUACCAUUAUCUCCGGACCCAAAAGAUAUUUUGGAUGCCUCAAGAAUUGGAAGCCUUUAAGCCCUAUCCAGUAGAAAUCUUGCCCGCUAAGCUGUACAUGGGAAACUAUGUGCAAGCCUGUGACAGCCAGAUUCAGAAAGAUCUGAAAAUCAAGGCUCACAUUAAUAUCUGUGAGGAAGCUGGCACAUUCUUGCUUGAAGACAGAGAAAAUCUCCUUCAUAUUCCUAUUCCUGAUUCUCUGGAGGCAGAUUUAUUUUCUCACUUCGGCAACAUUUGUCACUUUAUUGAUGCUCACGUCCAUAAAGGAGCGGUCUUAGUCUUCUCCUCUUUUGGAAUAAGCAGGUGUAGCACAGCAGUGAUGGCUUACCUUAUCCAUUCUUGCAAGCUUUACUUGAAGAACGCUUGGAAUUACGUCCAAAAAUGUAAAAAUAACAUGCGGCCCAAUCGAGCAUUUGUGAAACAACUAUCAGAUUGGGAACAACGGAUCUAUAUAACUGCCAUCACUGACGUUUCAGAACCAAAUUACUGAUUGGCAGCUUCAUUAUGUUUUUAUUUUUCAUGAGUUUGUUUGUCAAGGUCAGAAACAUAUUCUAUAGAAUAAACUUUCAGACAUCCAAAAUGCUGCUCCCCAAACAGGACACUUCCACCAAAAAUCUGUUUCCAGCUACAGAUCAAGGAAAGUUGUAGCCCAUCCCUAUGGAACACUAUCACCGGAGAUAAGAACUGCUCCCACCCUUUUGGCCUUCCAGAAGGAUAUUAAAACUUGGCUUUGCCAGUUGGUCUGCGGUCCCCAGGGAGGUGCUCAUUGCUGAAGGUGGUUGAUGAGAAGUCCCCAUCCCCAUCCCGUCUCUUAUUCCUGAUUUCUGUAUAGUUUUAAAAUCUGAAUCUGUGAAGUUUUAAUGUUAUAUUUUAAUUAUUUUUCUAUUUGUUUCUAUUUUUCUAUUUGUAAGCUGCCCAAAGCCACCUUUCAGGGUGGCAUAAAAAUUUAAUAAAUAAAUAAAUAAAAGCUACAAGCACACCAUCAGCACACAGAGUUAGGAAACAGGCAAUGUGCAUUAUGCCUUACCAGAGGAAAUGAGGAAUAAAAGCUCCAGCCAUCUUU